AUGGCCGAAGAGGAUAAUACUCUUCAAGUUGUGACAGGGGCUAGCGCAGUGGAAAACACAGCAAACACUUCUACGAGUUCAGCAGAGAAAACUCUGAUAAAGUGGGAGUGGACGUCUGUCAACUUGUCGAUUCCAGGGUUGCCAAUCCGCCCUCUCUGCACUGCAGAGCAAGUCAGCCCUGACUCCCGCGUGUUCCAGAGUCCGCGAGUUUCUGGUUCGUUCCACAUUGCGCCGAAAGCAGAUCUAGAAAGAAACAUUGUCGCAGUCUACCACCCGCAAGUUCAGAACAACAGCGUGUCUUACCGGAUUGAGAGGGCGUCCCUUGACGCUUCGUACAAAGCGUUGACGCUGAGGAACAGGGAAGCGCUGCGUGUCGGCUCAGAUUUCGUAGCACAGAUGGAAGUAAAAGGUUUCUGGUUUCCCCCGCCCCCCGAUGGGGUUUCGCCCGCUCCUCUUGUCCAUCUGAGUGACGAAAAAGUGACUGUUUUCGAGCUCGCUCCUGGCACGUCGGACCUUCUGAUUCACCGGAAUGAAAACCUCAACCUCCCGGCCACUGCUGCGUUCAUGUCGAAAAUGACCGCGUGGAGUCUCGGACGUUGGCUCAUGACGAGAAAGAGUGCUCCACAGAUAUCGUGA